UGCGGCUCCAGGAAACAGCGCGCUCUCUCCUCUGCGCUCGGGCCAGCAGCUCGCGCCCGGGCCGUAGAUCCAGACCACCCGGUGGAGUCCUGGCGGUAGCAGCGGAAAGCACUGCCCUGGGUACAAGCCUCGGACAUCUCUGCCCAGACGGGGCGGACCGGAUAGGCGACGCAGCAAGGAACUCCGGAGGAGGCCAUGGGGAGCCGGGCAGGGUCAGUGGUGGGGGGUCAGCGGAAGACUUGGAUCUGAAAAGCGGGCAAUAGGAGCAGCGGGGACCAUGACCUCGGUGUGGAAGCGCCUACAGCGAGUGGGCAAGAGGGCCGCCAAAUUCCAGUUUGUGGCCUGUUACCACGAGCUGGUGUUGGAGUGCACCAAGAAAUGGCAACCUGAUAAACUGGUGGUGUUAUGGACCCGGCGAAACCGGCGCAUCUGUUCCAAGCCUCACAGCUGGCAGCCUGGCAUCCAGAAUCCAUACCGUGGCACCGUGGUGUGGAUGGUCCCUGAGAACGUGGACAUCUCUGUGACACUGUACAGGGACCCUCAUCUGGACCGGUACGAGGCCAAAGAAUGGACACUUAUUAUUGAGAAUGAGUCCAAGGGGCAGCGGAAGGUGCUGGCCACCGCUGAUGUGGACCUGGCCCGCCAUGCAGGGCCUGUGCCUGCUCAGGUUCCGCUACGGCUACGGCUGAAGCCCAAGUCGGUGAAGGUGGUGCAUGCAGAGCUGAGCCUCACCCUCUCUGGGGUGCUGCUGCGUGAGGGACGUGCCACGGAUGAUGACAUGCAGAGUCUGGCCAGCCUCAUGAGUGUGAAGCCUAGUGAUGUGGGCAACUUGGACGACUUUGCUGAGAGUGACGAGGAUGAAGCUAAUGGCCCUGUAGCCUCUGAGGCCCGGGCUCGAGGCUCCCAGCCAGGCAGGGGCAGUGCCCUGAGGCCAGGGCGUUUCCCAGAUCCCUCUAGGGAGCUGAAGACACUCUGUGAGGAAGAGGAUGAGAGCCAAGUACGGCCCCAGCAGGCAGCUGCCAGCCCUUCUAGUGCUGAAGAUACCAGCCCUGCCCCUGUGAGUGCCCCUGCGCCCCCAGCCAGGGCCUCCCGAGGCCAGGGGUCAGAACCAGCCGCUGUAGCCGGGGGCCAGGUGGGGCCUAAGGCCCCAAGGCCCCCAGGAUCCCCACGGGAGACAAGGUCCUCCAAGCAACCAAGCCAGGACAUGGCGCCCACCCCAGCCCCUCGACUCCGGAAAGGCUCAGAUGUCCCCCAGUCCCCAGAUCCCCACAGGGGAGAUGAGGUCCUUAGCACCUCAGAGGUUCCUCCAGCAAGAGUGGGUUCUUCUGGGGAGACCCAGGCUUGGCCCAGCCCACAGGAUGGAACAGAGGAAACCAAGCCAGGCCCAGACAUUGAGGAUAGAGGCACCAGAGACACCUUGAGAGGGCAAAGAGCCAAGGUUGAAGAGGAGGGGGUGACUGGGGACAGUUCAGAGGCUAGUGGGGUGGACAAUGAGCAAGGGUCAAGAGUCCAAGAGAACAUUAAGAGGUCAGGCAUCACAGCUGGGGAGGCUGAAGAGAGUUCAGAAUGUAGUCAACAGGAUGCUGAGCAGGGGUCAGAAGAAGCCAAGGAGAGACCCAAGGCAAGACUCAGGGCGACUCCAGAGGCUCCUCCUAGGAGCUCACAAGGAAGGAUGGGGGUCAGGGCUCAGGAAGAGGCUACCACAGAUCUGAGCUCACCUCUGGCUGAGCCUGCAGGGCAUCCAGUGCACCUUGGUGUUGCCAGGGCUGCUGAAGGACAGGAGGGAGAGAGCACAGAGGUGAGCGGCACAGCCCCUGGAAUUGGGAGGUCAGUUUUGGAGCAGGGCCCCUUGGCUAGAGCAGCAAGCACUGGGCACCACAUGAGCAGGUUCCAGGAAGUGGUAUCUGGGGAUCUAAGGGCCCCGCAGGCAGAGGCAGAAGCUGAGGAGUCAAAGCUCCUGGGAACAGAGACUGAGCUGACAUCACAGGAGGUAUUAGGGACCCAGAAGACAGAUGCUUGGGAACCAAGGUCCUCAGAAAUAGAGACUGGGACAGCAGAAGCUGAAAUAUUGGGGUCCCAAGAGACAGAGGCAGCAAGAUCAGAGGUCCUGGAGUCAGAGGCUGCUGGGACAGCAAAGUCUGAGGUACUGGUCCUGGGGACCCAGAAGGAAGAGGUGGGAGGUCCAGGGUUGCUGGGGAUAGAGGCCAGGGUAUCAGAGUCUGAGGAUUUUGGGACCCAGGAAAUACAGGCUGGGGGUUCUGAGAUAUUAGAGACUCAGGAGAUUGCAGUGGGGAGGCCUAGGGUAUGGAAGAUGGAGGCUGAGAUACUCAGGGCUCAGGAGACAGAGGCACAAAUUUUGGAGACACAAAAGUUAGCAGCUGAAGGAUCAGGGGUUCUAGGGACAGAAACAAAGAUGGCAGAAUCUGAGAUAUUGGUGGCCCAGAAGAUAGAGGAGAGCAAUGGGGGGAUCCCAGGGACAGAAACUGAAACAGCAGAAGCUGAGAUAUUGGAUACCCAGGAGAUAGCAUCUGGGGGUUCAGAGCCCCUAGGUAUACAAUCUGAGAUAAUAGAGGCCCAGGAGACAGAGGCAGGGGGUUCAGAAAUUUCAGUAAUAGAACCUGAGACGGCAGAAGCUGAUAUACUGGGGACCCAGGAGAUAGCACAGGGUUCUGGAGUGCUUAGGAUAGAAACAAAGAUACCAGAAUCUGAGAUUAUGGGGACCCUGCAGACAGAGGUAGGGGGCUCAGGGGCUCUGGAUGUAGAACCUGGGGCAAGAGAAGCUAAGAUAUUGGGGACCCAGGAGAUAAGAACUGGGGGUCCAGGAGUCCCAGGGGUAGGAGAUGAGAGAGGAGAGAUUGAGAUAUUAGAGAUCCAAGAAAUAUCUGAGGGUUUGGGGCUUUUGAGGAUAGAAGCUGAGAAAUCAGAAUCUAAGGUAUUAGGGGUCCAGAAGACUGAGGUAGAAGGUUCUAGACUACAAGAGACAAAGGCUGAAAUAUUAGGGAGGCAGAAGGUGGCAGCUGAGGAUUCAGGUGUUCCAAGGACGGAGACUGAAAUAGCAGAGUCUGAGAUAUUAGGGGCUCAAAACAGAGAGGCUGGGGCUUGGAGGGUGCCAGGGAUAGCUUCUGAAAUAGCAGAAACUGAGAUUUUGGGGACCCAGGAGUCAGAAACAGGGCAUUCAGAGAUUCUAGCAACAGAAGCUAAGACAGCAAAGUCUGAGAUAUCAGGAGCCCAGGAGACAGAGGUAGAGGAUUUAGGAAUCCUAGCGAUAGAGAGUAAGAUAGCUGAAGCUGGGCUGUUGGGGAUCCAGAGGAAAGCAGCUAGGGGCUCAGGGACCUGUAGGAUAGAAGCUGAAAUAGCAGGGUCCUGGGAGGCAGAGGCCAGGGAUUCUGAGGUCUUGGGGCCAGAGGCUAGAAUGGCAGAAGCUGAGGCACUGAGGGCCCAGCGGACAGAAACUAUAGUUUCAGAGAAUGAAGAGGCAAAGACUGAGACUUUGGGGGUCCACGAUCCUGGAGCCUGGAGAAUUCUCAAAUAUGAGGCUUUAAACACCCCAGUCACUAAGCAAAGCAUUUCAGGACCCCAGAAAGUAGAGGCAGAGGUUUUAGGUGUACAAACAGCAGAAAUUAAAGUUUUAAGGUUCCAGGGGACAGAGACUAGAGUUUUGGGAACAUCAGAGUCCAAAUCUGGAGUUUGGGGGCCCCAGAAAGAAGAGGUGAUGGGUUUAGAGUCCCCAGAGAAUAAAUCUGGUGUUUUUGAGGCCCAGGAAGCAGAGACUGGGGUCUUGGGAACCAAGAAGGGCAAAGAAGCCAAGGAGAGCCUUCCAGAGGCUAGCCUGAUCGAGACACAUGUGGCCAGUGGGUCAGGGGCUGGGGUGCCCAGGUCCUCAGGGGCCUCUUCCCCAGAGGAGCCGGAAGAGGACAGGAGGCUGCUGAGCAGCCAGGCACCACCUGCCCUGGUCAGCUCCAGCCAGUCCCUGCUUGAAUGGUGCCAAGAGGUCACCACUGGCUACCGUGGUGUCUGUAUCACCAACUUUACCACAUCCUGGCGCAACGGCCUGGCUUUUUGCGCUAUUUUACAUCGAUUCCACCCGGAUAAGAUAGACUAUGCCUCCCUGGACCCGCAUAACAUAAAACAGAACAACAAGCAGGCUUUCGAUGGCUUCGCGGCCCUGGGCGUGUCACGACUGCUGGAGCCAGCUGACAUGGUACUCCUGUCGGUGCCCGACAAGCUCAUCGUCAUGACCUACUUGUGCCAGAUCCGCGCCUUCUGCACGGGGCAGGAGCUGCAGCUGGUGCAGCUGGAGGGCGGCGGCGGCGCGGGCACUUACCGCGUGGGGAGCGCCCAGCAGAGCCCGCCCGACGACCUGGACGCCGGCGGCCUGGCGCAGCGGCUGCGCGAGCGCGGGGCCGAAGCGCCCAGGGAGGUGGUGAACCGUGGGGCUGGGGCGGUGCCCAAGGCGGCCUCCAGAGACGUGGACCCGGGCUUCACCUCCAAGGACGGCGAAGCCGAGGCGUCCGCCGACGGCCUCGGAGCCCGGACGUCCUCGUACUCCGUGGCCCCCGCGGAGGGACUGGUGAACGGGGCGGCGGCGCCGGGCGGAGUGAAGUUGAGGCGGCCGUCGGUCAACGGAGAGGCGGGGCCGGUGCCCCCACCCCGGGCGCACGGCUCCUUCUCCCACGUGCGGGACGCCGACCUGCUGAAGAAGAGGCGCUCGCGGCUGCGGAACAGCAACUCCUUCUCUGUGGACGACGCAGACUCGGGGACGGGACCUGCGGGAGCUGGGUCUGCGGAAGGCUCUAACCCUGACACCAACCCUGACCCUGGACCACCCACAGCCACAGCCCUGCAGCAGCACCCUCCUGGUGGGAGUCCUCCACCUGAGGAACCACCCCCAGGUCCAGGGGAAGAGCCUGGACUGCAACGGUUCCAGGACACAAGUCAGUAUGUGUGUGCCGAGCUGCAGGCCCUGGAACAGGAGCAGAGACAGAUAGAUGGGAGGGCAGCUGAGGUGGAGACACAGCUGAGGAGCCUCAUGGAAUCAGGUGCCAACAAACUGCAGGAGGAGAUGCUGAUCCAGGAGUGGUUCACCCUAGUUAACAAGAAAAACGCUCUCAUCCGGAGGCAAGACCAGCUGCAGUUACUCAUUGAGGAGCAGGACUUGGAGCGGAGGUUCGAACUGCUGAGCCGGGAGCUGCGGGCCAUACUGGCCAUUGAAGAAUGGCGGAAAACGGUCGCGCAGCAACACCGGGAACAGCUCCUCCUGGAGGAGCUGGUGUCCCUGGUGAACCAGAGGGACGAGCUGGUCCGGGACCUGGACCACAGGGAGCGGAUCGCCCUGGAGGAGGACGAGCGCCUGGAACGCGGCCUGGAGCAGCGACGCCGCAAGCUGAGCCGGCAGCUGAGCCGGCGCGAGCGCUGCACGCUGAGCUGAGCGAGCUCCGGCGGCUCUGCGUGCC